GAAAAAGCGUUCUUAUUACGAGCUCACAAUAUGUCAUACAAAAGUUAUAGGCAUUCAUUAUUUACCAGAAUAGAAUCUUAAAUAUAAGUAAUAUACAUUGCUGAAUUGGAGAGGGUGGGAAAGAGGAUAAAUAUCUGCGACUGGUGGGAUUUAUUUAAUUAUUAUGAUUCACGAGUUGGGCACAGACUACAGUUUUUGAAACGAACCUCCGACUCGCUAUGCAGUCGAUACUUCGAAAGUGAAAAUUCUUAAACCCAUAUUAUGUACCUAUGUUUCUCAUCUGCGUGCCUUUGUUUGCUGAAAUCCAUACUUUUUAAUACAACGUUAUUUAAAAACAACCACCGACUGUUUUCUCAUUGCUGUUCCUUUAAGAUGGCAACUCGGCACUUGCCAAUUGAAAAUCAACAAGGAAACAGUUGGUCGUUGUAUUUUAUUAACGUUUUAUUAAAAGGUAUGGAUUUCAGCAGACAAAAAAUGGCGGGCUAACGUAAGGGUUUAAGAAUUCACAUUUUUGAAGCAUCGACUGCAUAGCGACUCGAUGAGACAGAGUUUCAUAAAAACAACAAUCCUAGUCUGGAUGUGAGACUUUACCCAUAAACUGACCUUAGARCAGUGUGUAAACUCAUUCUCAUCCUACCGCGGACACUGCGACAAAUACAGAAAGGUUCAGGAGAAACUCUUCCACACUCCAAAACAGUCACCCAGGAAUUGAAGAGGAAGUGACAUCAGAGCAGAUGGAAUCAAAUCCCAGCCUGGCGGGGGUGGACUCCCAGGGCAACAUGGUGUUCAGAGUGGUUAAACCUGUCAUGGGMAUCUUCCAAGUCUCCUCAGAACAGACCAACUCUGUCGGUCAGGGGGGGUCGCAGCAGAUGAUGGUUGGGGGGCUGACGGGGUUACAAGGGUUAUCCAACCUCCCCUCCAUGGUGCUGGGGGAUGGACAGGGUCAGGGCCAGCAGCGAAUGGGGCACGUGAACCAGAUGCAAGCCCAGAUUCAGAUCCCGGCAGAGGACAUGUCCCAGACCCAGGUUGCCGCUCCGAACCACAACCACGUACCCCAUGUUCCGUUUGCAGAGGUGUCGUCUCUCUUGGACCCCAACAUGAAGAGUUCCAAGGCCCGUAAGUACCUGAUACCCUAUGACGAGAUCAAGCGUCGUCUGGAUGCUCCAGAGAAGAUGUCUCUGCGUUCACUAGCAGCCUACACCAGGGUCAGCCGUGGCCCGGCCAGCAAGAAAACCCUGCAGGAGUCUCUAAAUAUACUGGGCCUUACCCCUGGUACUACUACUUCUGUGUCCUCUUCCUUUUCCAAGCUCACAGAGGGUGACACCAAAGCCCUGUGUAACGACAUGAAGGACUUUGCCCAUGACUACAUAGACUUUGGCAACAUGGCCAAGCAGCUUAUUCCAGAGACCAACACUGUCCAACACUGGUCCAAGGUCAUAGAAACCAGGAGCCACCUGGAGGCGAUGAGGAAGUGUUUUCGUGACCCGGUCAACAGUGCGUCGUUCGACAACGUGACUCACGGCUUGGGCCUCGGGAUGCUCGACGCCGCCCUCGACAUGAUUACCAUGGUGAUCGACAAACAAAUUCGCAUCCUGUCUGGCGCUGCGGCAACCGAUCCCGUCGACACCGGCCCUCCAAUGAGACGCAUCCGCCGCCGCCACCGCAAGCCCCGAGACAACGGCAACGACAAAUCGCACCGGUCGCUGGGCGGGGUUAAAGGUCAAGAGAAAGGGUCAGGGAAGGGCAAAGGGAGGGGCAGAGGCAGGAAGAAGAUGCGGCUGCAGGAGUCUGGAGUUGGUGUUGCCAUGGAUACAACCCAGCAGCAGGAUCAAGAGCAUUGUCAGCCGGAGGAUGUGGAGAGCAGUGUUCUCACACUCGUCUCUGUUGGUUACGAGACCAUCUCCAGCGGCCUCAAUGCCACAGGACAGAUCUGAAGAUGUUUAACGGUUGAACAAACAAUGCUUAACACGGGAAUCGGACUUUGCUUAACAUUUUCCCGUGGGGAAGCUGGGAGCGGAACUGUCUUAGUAACGUUGUGGAACAUUGUGAUGUUUAGACGCAACUCUGCUCUGGCCCACAGAACCCCAAACACUGAGAGGGACGCAUUCAGUGACGUCUCAGCAUUCUGGUUUAGAGUUUUGUUUUUGAGUGUUGCAGCUCUUGCCUACUGAUAAAUUCAAUCAAUUGAAUUUAGUUUUUUUUGUCAGUUAGCACAGAGGUGAUGAACGCAGCUUUGUUGAAGUGGAAUUCAAGUCAAUCCAAAGAUAACUGAUUAUAUUGAAAAACCUACAMUGUAGAAAUUAGUCUUUGUUUAAGGCAAUCCCUUCAUUCCACCUACUCAUCUGGUAUUUGAUUGCCCUGUUUAUUUAUAUCAUGAGUGGACUAGUUAUAGCCCUCUCUCAAUCUCCAUGAUUGUAACAUGGGGAACACAUCAUGCCAGUACUUUGUCAAUGAUUGUAUGUUUAUAUUGAAACCUGGUUUGCUGAAAUACUUGUAUUAAAGCUUUCAUUUUAUUAA